AUGUCUACACCAAAAAAGGUUUAUGUUGUUAUUCACUCUCUCUGGGGUCAUAUCAAGACUCUUGGCGAGGAGGUUGUUGUUGGUUUGAAAGAGUCUGGAGUCGAUGCUAAGCUAUGGACUGUCAAGGAAACCCUCCCCCAGGAAGUUCUUGAUAAGAUGCAUGCUCAGAAAUGGGAUCUGCCAAUUAUUACUCCAACUGAACUGGCUCAAGCAGAUGGAAUCAUCUUUGGUCUUUGCACUCGCUAUGGAACAGCUAGUGCUCAGAUGCGAACCUUUCUUGAUUCAACUGGACAACUGUUUGCAUCUGCGGCUCUUGAUGGCAAAUUUGCCGGUGUUUUCACCAGUACUUCAUCGCAACAUGGCGGUGUUGAGACCACUGCAUUGACAUUCCUUCCUACUCUGGCCCAUCUUGGUAUGAUCUUUGUCCCACUUGGUUACAAGAGUGGUCUUUUAGGAACAGUGACAGAAGUGAUUGGAGCAUCUCCUUAUGGUGCAGGUACGAUUGCACCCAGCGAUGGGUCUCGUAAUGUGAGUGAUCUUGAAAAGAAGAUUGCUCGAAUGCAAGGAACUCAAUUUGCAAGUGUUCUUGCUCGACUCAAGUAAGCAGUUGAGAGGGUUGAUUAGGCUAUGAAUGCCAUUAAGAUAUCCGAAUAAACAAGCGUGAUGUCAGCCUGAUGGCUGC